AUGGCAAUUCCAAGGACAUUAUCAAAGAUUCCUCGUGGAGGGUUGGGGAGUGUAUCAUCAUGCCUACGAGCGCCAGUCAGCUUAUACAAUGGAAGCUCCCGCACGAUGGCAACUGUGGUGCCACCGGUUACCCAGGAUGCAACUGGAUCAAAGGGGCCUACUGCAAUGGUUUUUCUAAACAUGGGUGGACCUUCCACUACAGAUGAGGUCGGCGAUUUCUUGAGCAGGUUGUUUGCAGAUGGCGACUUGAUACCGCUUGGAAGGCUACAGUCUUAUCUCGGCCCUCUUAUUUCACGACGUCGAACUCCGAAGAUCCAGAAACAAUACGCCGAAAUAGGUGGUGGCUCCCCAAUUCGGAAGUGGUCAGAAUACCAAUGUUCCGAGAUGUGCAAAAUACUGGACAAGAUAUCGCCGGAGACUGCGCCGCAUAAGCCAUACGUGGCAUUCAGAUAUGCUGCCCCAUUGACAGAGGAGAUGUACACUCAGCUGCUCAAGGAUGGGUUUGGAGGAGGUAAAGGCGGACGGGCUGUCGCUUUCACACAAUACCCUCAAUACUCUUGUUCAACUACGGGGAGUUCGCUCAAUGACCUCUGGAGAUGGAAGAACAAGCUAGAGGGGAGACGUGGUGCUGAAGAGUCGGGAGAUGUUAGUGGGAACAUCCAAUGGAGCGUUAUUGAUAGAUGGCCGACGCACACAGGGUUGGUCGAAGCGUUUGCGCAAAAUAUUGAAGCACAACUGGCCACGUACCCUGAGGAUAAGCGUGACAAUGUUGUCCUUCUUUUCUCAGCCCACAGUCUGCCGAUGUCCGUUGUCAACCGAGGUGACCCAUAUCCUGCUGAGGUCGCUGCGACAGUAUAUGCGGUCAUGCAAAGACUGAAAUUCUCUAACCCUUACCGGCUCUGUUGGCAGUCUCAAGUCGGACCCCACGCCUGGCUCGGGGCCCAGACGAGUGACACGGUCCAGAACUAUGUCAGCCGCGGACAGACUGACCUUCUCUUGGUCCCUAUCGCAUUUACUAGUGACCAUAUAGAGACUCUCUACGAACUAGACAAGGAGGUUAUUCAUGAAGCAAAUAGCCCGGGCGUCAAGCGAGUGGAAAGUCUCAACGGGAACCCCGUUUUCAUUCAGGGAUUAGCAGACCUAGCGGCAGAGCAUCUUCGAAGUGGUGAAAAGUGCUCGCACCAGAUGAUGCUCCGAUGCCAAAACUGCACGAGUGAUAGGUGCCUGGAGCAGAAGAGGUUCUUCGCUGGCCCAGAGCGCAGCGCUCUCGUUCGAUAA